AGGUCACGGUGAUUACCAACAUGGGCAACAUCCCAAGUACGGGACAUGUCCUAGAUGUGCAAGAAUCAGCAGGGAAGAUGUCGACCUUUUGAUCCGAGUGUACAGUUUAAUUUUUGUUAAGGCUGUGUAAUAUUUUGGGACGGCUUACUGUAAAGGUCCUGAAUUAAAAGGCGACGAUUCCUGAAGGCGACUCAGUCAUUAUGAAGUUUGCUGAGCUGAGGGAUGGGCAGUUCAGUUUGCAAAGGGAAAACGGUUUUUAUGGACACAACUCGAAUCACAAGUCUACAGAACUCCAGUACAGGUGUAAUAAAAGCUGGAGAACACAAACUUAAGAGCCAUCUGUCAACAGAAAGCCAAGGUCUCUCCUGCUUCACUCAAGAUCACUCAGAUCAGAGAGAUGGGAGGGAGAUUGUCCAAGGCUUCCUUGGCCAAAACAAGGUCAUGAUCUUUAGUGUCACAACAUGCCACCUUUCAGCACAGGUAAAGGAGCUAUUCAGAUCCAUGGAGGUCCCAUACUGUGUGCUGGAGCUCGACCAGAGAGAGGAUAGGCAAGAGAUACAGCAGGCACUGUGGGAGCUGACUGAACAGAGGGAGCUACCCAGUGUGUUUGUGAACAGGCAGCAUAUAGGAGACUGGGAGAAGACCUCACAGGCGCACAGAGAGGGAAGGUUGCAGGCACUGCUGGAGAUGCAGGUGGUUAACUUCAGCCCAGACUUGUACGACUAUGACCUGGUGGUUAUCGGAGGGGGAUCUGGAGGACUGGCUGCUGCAAAGGAAGCUGCCACGUAUGGGAAGAAAGUUGUGGUCCUGGACUAUGUAACCCCAACUCCCAAGGGAACAACAUGGGGUCUCGGUGGGACUUGUGUCAAUGUGGGCUGUAUUCCCAAGAAACUGAUGCACCAGGCGGCCAUUUUGGGACAAGCCAUUCGUGACUCGCAGAGAUAUGGCUGGGAGCUUCAAGAAAAAGUAUCCCACAACUGGAGCAGCAUGAGGCAGGCGGUUCAGGAUCACAUUGGCUCACUGCGCUUUGGCUACAGCAAGGCUCUGAGAGACAGCAAGGUUACCUACAUGAACGCCUAUGGGGAGUUUGUUGGGCCUCACCAGAUCAAGGCGACAAACAGUAAAGGAAAGGAGACUUUUUACACAGCUGCAGCCUUUAUCAUAGCCACAGGAGAGAGGCCGAGAUAUUUAGGCAUCCCUGGAGACAAGGAAUAUUGCAUUACCAGCGAUGACCUGUUCUCCCUGCCUCAGAGUCCUGGUAGGACGCUGGUUGUUGGUGCCUCUUAUGUGGCACUGGAGUGUGCUGGCUUCCUGGCGGGGCUCGGCCUGGACAUCUCGGUGAUGGUGCGCUCCAUCCUGCUCAGGGGGUUUGACCAGCAGAUGGCCGACAAGAUCGGGGAGCACAUGGAGCAGCACGGGGUCACCUUCAUCCGGCAGUUUGUACCCACCAAGAUUGAACGGCUUGAAGAAGGCAGCCCAGGCAAACUGAAAGUGACAGCCAAAUCUACAGAUGGAAAAGAGGCUUUUGAAGGAGAGUAUAAUACAGUGUUACUUGCAAUUGGUAGGGAUGCCUGCACCCGUACUAUUGGUCUGGACACUGCGGGUGUGAAGAUCAAUGUAAAGACUGGUAAGAUCCCGGUAAACGAUGAAGAGCAGACGAACGUACCCCAUAUCUACGCAAUCGGCGAUGUGCUGGAGGGCAAGCUUGAGCUGACCCCUGUGGCAAUCCAAGCAGGGCGACUUCUGGCCAGGAGGUUGUAUGCAGAGCACAGCACUAAGUGUGACUACACCAAUGUUCCAACCACUGUAUUCACUCCACUAGAGUAUGGGGCUUGUGGCUUGUCAGAAGAGGACUCCAUUCAGAAGUAUGGGGAGGACAACAUUGAGGUGUUUCACAGUAACUUCUGGCCACUAGAAUGGACUGUGCCAGCCAGGGAUAAUAACACAUGCUAUGCAAAGAUUAUCUGCCACAAGCAAGACAGUGAACGAGUUGUAGGUUUCCAUGUCCUGGGACCAAACGCUGGAGAAAUGACCCAGGGCUUUGCAGCAGCGAUGAAAUGCGGAAUGACAAAGGAACAGCUUGACAACACAAUAGGGAUUCACCCUGUCUGUGCUGAGGUUUUCACCACAUUGUCAGUAACAAGACGCUCAGGAGGGGAUAUAGCUAAGGGUGGCUGCUGAGGUUAGACCCUGCUGUUGACACGUGCUGCCAUUUCUGAUAAACUCUGGCUGCCACAAUGGAAUCCCUAAGAUAAUAGGUAUGAAUCAGUAAAAAAGCACACCUUUUGCAGUUUUUAGUUUUUGCAAUUUAGCUUCUACUUUGACCCCUUUCUAAACAUGCUCAAAAGGGACUACCUGGGAUUGGGAGUGGCUUGAGUUUUGUCAUGGCAACCUGUUCAGCAGCAGGGGACCCCUGUUGAAGAUUCCAAGUGAACUGCUGUGCUGCUGGGCCCCCUGGAGUGCUCCCAUGACGUCUCAGCCUGGAACCGACCACAAGAGGUGGGCUGGGACUGAAAAACUGCUGGCACAGUAUGGAAACACUUGGUUGUUUGUGAAGAAUGCUUAAUGUAUAUUUAGAUUUCAAUUUUAAAAAGUGUAUGUAAUACUGAAUAUUUUAGCUGGUCUUAUA